GUUUAGUUAUUAGAUUUUCUUUUGGUUUUGUCAGAUUUAAACGGAUCAAAAUUUGGCAUGGAAUCAAUCGGCGACGAUAAAAAUGGACAGCGAAAAAGAAAAUUGACAACCGAUUCGGAUAAUGAAAUUGUUGAACCAAAGAAGCAAGUUGUGGUCGAAGAAGAUUUGAGAAGCAGAAGCUGUCCAUACCUAGAUACUAUAAAUAGGUCGGUCCUAGAUUUCGACUUUGAGAAGCUAUGUUCCAUCUCGUUGUCACAUAUUAACGUCUAUGCCUGCUUGGUAUGUGGACGCUACUUUCAAGGUCGAGGUUUGAAGUCUCACGCGUACACGCACAGUGUCCAGGAGGGCCACCAUGUUUUUCUAAAUUUAGAAACAAAGAAAUUUUACUGCCUGCCAGACAAUUAUCAAAUUAUUGAUCAGUCUCUGGAGGACAUUGUGUAUGUUCUCAAUCCGACCUUCACCCCAGACCAUAUUGUCCAAUUGGAAUCAUCUUCAAAACUUUCGAGGGCAUAUGAUGGGUCGACAUACUUACCUGGAAUUGUCGGUCUGAACAACAUAAAGGCCAAUGACUACUGCAAUGCAGUACUCCAGGCUCUUUCCCACGUGACUCCAUUGAGGAAUUUCUUCCUCCGAGAAGAGAACUACAUAAACAUAAAAAGGGUGCCAGGUGAUCAGAUGGGCCUUCUGGUCCAGAGGUUUGGUGAGCUUAUGAGGAAAUUAUGGAAUACUAGGAAUUUUAAAGCCCACGUUAGCCCUCAUGAGAUGUUGCAAGCUGUGGUUUUGUGCUCCAAGAAGAAAUUUCAAAUCACCAAACAAGGUGAUGCUUUAGAGUUCCUAUCAUGGUUCUUAAAUACACUGGAUAAUUCUCUAAAAGGUCCAAAUGGCCCAAAAAAAACAUGCAUAGGUGAGGCAUUCAAAGGUCGGAUGAGGGUGUACUCCAGGAAGCUGCCCCCGAUCGAGAUGAAACAGGAGGAGAAGAUGAAGUUGCUAAUGAGGCCCGAGUAUCAGGAGAAAGAAGAAGACAUUUCAUUCCUAUAUUUGACCUGUGACCUUCCACCCCCGCCGCUCUACCCCGAUGAAAUGAGGGAAAACAUCAUACCCCAGGUCCCACUGAUGAGCGUGCUGAUGAAGUUUAAUGGGGUAAAUUCGAAGGAGGUGAAGACCUACAAAGACUCGACCUUGAAACGAUACGAAAUCACCAAACUGCCCCGCUACCUAAUACUCUUUUUCAAGAGAUUCAAUAGAACAACGUUUAUUCUGGAAAAGAACCCCACCAUCGUCAACUUCCCCAUCAAAGGCGUGGACUUCUCCGAGUUACUAACUCCAGAAAUCCGGGCCAAAUGCAAAAGCACCAUCUACGAUCUGGUGGCCAACGUGGUUCACGACGGUGAAGCCACCUCUGGGAAGGGAAGCUACAGGGUCCAUAUCCUUCAUAAGGGAAAUGACAAAUGGUACGAGUUGCAGGAUUUGCAUGUGGUUGAUAUACUGCCUCAAAUGAUUACUCUCACUGAAUCCUAUAUUCAAAUUUAUGAAUUGAGAAAGCCAGAGAAAACGGAUAACCAUAACAAAAGCAACUGACAAAAAAAAAAUUUUAAAUAUAAAAUAAUAAUUUGUAAACAUAAAAUAAUUAUUAUUAAUAAAAUAAUUAACCGAUUUGAAUUCAUAUAAUAAAUAUACUCUACCGAUCUUAUAUUUGUUCAAAUUUUCUAAUAAAACUCCCAAGAACCGAC